AUGUCCAGGACAGUUCCUUCACCUCGGGGCCAAACUCACCGCAUAAAACUCUGUCGCCAUCUCCAGCAUUUAUCUUCCACUUUUCCCAAUCUCAGCUACACACGUCUUCACCCCGCUGCUGUGAGUAUGAUCCUGGCCACUACUUACAACUUUUACACUGACAUUGCUAGUCCCGUCUACGUGGACAUGACUCUCCAGAACACUACCAAUUCGGCGGAGACGCUCCGUCCCAUAGAGCUCAUCCCGGUGUCCUCCUCUUUUAGGACACCUGAGCCCGGCUCGGAACAUGACUUCGACAUCUUUCAUGACGAGCGACGACUCGAGACACCGCAGCGCUUCACUCGACCGGCCGAUGCAGACUACAAUGACCUAAACGACGAGAACCUUCACAGCGGCCCUACGUUCAAGUCCAUCAUCAAGCCCAUUUCCGAAGCCAGCCCCUCAGCAACCAUCGAGCGCACACCUUUAGCCUAUGUCACUCAAGAAUCCAUCACUCGCCCUCGAUCUAUAUCCGGCCUCUUGGCUCUGAUUGCGAGCCUCCAAGAAGAGCUUAGACAGUCCAAAGACAAGGUCGCAGAGCUGCAGGGCGAGAUUGUGGCGUACCAAGAUGCGCUAUAUCAGGCCGAUGAGGAUGCUGGGUAG